AUGAACCUCAAGAUAGAGUACAGUGCACUUUCAUUGGACACAAGCAAACGCAAUCGAAAGGAAAUCGAUCAAGAUAUAGAGGCAGUUGAACUUCUAAUAAACAAACACCUGAGCGAACCUUACUCGGUUUAUGUUUAUCGAUUUUUCCUAAACAACUGGCCGGAACUAUGCUUGAUGGCAAAAUGCGGGGGCAAACUUGUGGGUAGCAUAAUUUCAAAAGUGGAAACUCACCGGGAUGUUCGUCUAAGAGGAUAUAUUGGAAUGUUGGCAGUUGAAGAAAAGUUUAGAGGAAGAGGAAUAGCGAAAAAGCUCAUUGGCAAAAGUUUGGACAUAAUGAUAGCGAAGGGAUGCGAUGAGAUCAUCUUGGAGACGGAGGUGGUGAACAAGAAGGCGCUGAGAUUGUAUGAAGGGUUUGGAUUUGUCCGUGUUAAGCGGCUUUAUAGAUACUACAUGAAUAAGCACGAUGCAUACAGGCUGAUACUUCCAAUUACGAAAAAAGCCUGCAUUAGAGGAUCGUUUUUGACCCCAAUACCGCCCAAGGAACGUAUCGAGGCGAAAUACUGA